CGUAUUCUAGGAAAUAAAAGAUUAUCUCCGUCAAUAUAAAACUGUAUAUCCUAACCCUAGAAGAUUUUAUUAUCACUCUACUAGUUAGUUUCCUCUUUCGCUCAGUCUCUGUCUCUGCGGCUGAGGAUUCUGAACAAGCAACCUUCGAUCCUCCUCAGUUUGAGACGUCAUGGGUAAGGAGAAGUUUCACAUCAACAUUGUUGUCAUUGGACAUGUCGACUCUGGGAAGUCAACUACCACUGGUCACUUGAUCUACAAGCUUGGAGGUAUUGACAAGCGUGUUAUUGAGAGGUUUGAGAAGGAAGCUGCUGAGAUGAACAAGAGGUCAUUCAAGUAUGCCUGGGUGCUUGACAAGCUCAAGGCGGAGCGUGAGAGAGGGAUUACCAUUGAUAUUGCUUUGUGGAAAUUCGAAACCAACAAGUACUACUGCACAGUCAUUGAUGCACCUGGACAUCGUGAUUUCAUCAAGAACAUGAUCACAGGAACAUCCCAGGCCGACUGUGCCGUUCUUAUUAUUGAUUCCACAACUGGUGGUUUUGAAGCUGGUAUUUCCAAGGAUGGACAGACUCGUGAGCACGCUCUCCUUGCAUUCACUCUAGGAGUCAAACAGAUGAUCUGUUGCUGUAAUAAGAUGGAUGCCACUACCCCCAAGUAUUCCAAGGCUAGGUAUGAUGAAAUUGUGAAGGAAGUCUCUUCCUACUUGAAGAAGGUUGGUUACAACCCGGACAAGAUUCCCUUUGUUCCCAUCUCUGGUUUCGAGGGUGACAACAUGAUUGAGAGGUCCACCAACCUUGACUGGUACAAGGGUCCAACUCUUCUUGAGGCUCUUGACCAGAUCAACGAGCCAAAGAGACCCACAGACAAGCCUCUAAGGCUUCCAUUGCAGGAUGUCUACAAGAUUGGUGGUAUUGGUACUGUGCCUGUUGGACGUGUUGAGACCGGUGUCUUGAAACCUGGUGUGUUGGUGACUUUUGGCCCCACUGGACUGACAACUGAAGUCAAGUCCGUGGAGAUGCACCAUGAGGCUUUGCAAGAGGCCCUUCCAGGUGACAAUGUGGGAUUCAAUGUGAAGAAUGUUGCAGUCAAGGAUCUCAAGCGUGGUUUCGUCGCCUCCAACUCUAAGGAUGACCCUGCCAAGGAAGCUGCUAACUUCACAUCCCAAGUCAUCAUCAUGAACCAUCCCGGCCAGAUUGGAAACGGAUAUGCACCGGUGCUCGACUGCCACACAUCUCACAUUGCUGUGAAGUUUUCUGAGAUCCUGACCAAGAUUGACAGACGAUCUGGCAAGGAGAUUGAGAAAGAGCCUAAAUUUUUGAAGAAUGGUGAUGCAGGUUUUGUUAAGAUGAUUCCUACCAAGCCCAUGGUGGUUGAAACUUUCUCUGAGUAUCCUCCCCUUGGUCGUUUUGCUGUGAGGGACAUGCGACAAACGGUGGCCGUGGGAGUCAUCAAGAGUGUGGAGAAGAAGGACCCCUCUGGAGCCAAGGUAACCAAGGCUGCACUGAAGAAGAAGUGAUUGCAUUGUGGCAUCAUUUCUGUUUGUUUAUGUGAAUCAUAAUCAUCAUGUUUCCAGAAAACUGUUGUUUCUCUACUGUAGUUUUUCUGUUGAGAGUCCUAGGUUUUUGUUUUACCCUUAUAUUUUUCAUUCCAGUUUGUUUAUUACUGUUUUUUUUUUACUUUUAAGAAGAGUCUGAACUGAUAAUUUCAAUUUUCAGAAGCAGCUAUAGGCUUUUAUCAGUUCCUUUGCUGCUGAGGGAUGAUUUAAUUGCAUUUAAUUUAUAAGAAAGUUUUGUCCAA